ACAGCGGAGUUUGAUGGAGUUGUGUGCGCUUUAUGCCGCUGAUAUUUCUCCAUAACGCACCAGCAGACUGUGGCUGAACGACGCGCCGGCAUCAUGUUUGACUGCAUGGACGUGCUGGCCGUGAGUCCCGGGCAGAUGCUGGACUUCUACACGUCCAGCCCGUCCUCGUGCAUGCUGCAGGAGAAGGCUCUGAAGGCGUGCAUCAGCGGACUGGCGCACAGAGAGUGGCAGCACCGGCGGAGCGCACACUCCAUUGAAACACAGAGCACUAGUUCUGAGGAGCUGGUCCCCAGCCCGCCGUCCCCACCGGCCCCUCCUAGAAUCUACAAGCCCUGCUUCGUCUGCCAGGACAAGUCCUCUGGUUACCACUAUGGUGUCAGUGCUUGUGAGGGCUGCAAGGGUUUUUUCCGCCGAAGCAUCCAGAAGAACAUGGUGUACACGUGUCACCGGGACAAGAACUGCAUUAUAAACAAGGUGACGAGAAACCGAUGUCAGUACUGCCGCCUGCAGAAGUGCUUCGGAGUGGGAAUGUCCAAAGAGUCUGUUCGAAAUGACCGGAAUAAGAAGAAGAAGGAGAGCCCAAAGCCCGAGCUGGCAGAGAGUUAUGAGCUGACAGCCGAGCAGGAGAACAUCAUUGAAAAGAUCCGUAAGGCCCAUCAAGAAACCUUCCCCUCCCUCUGCCAGCUUGGCAAAUACACCACGAACUCGAGUGCAGACCACCGUGUGAGGCUGGACCUGGGCCUGUGGGACAAGUUUAGUGAGCUGGCCACUAAGUGCAUUAUCAAGAUCGUGGAAUUUGCCAAACGAGUGCCUGGCUUCACAGCGCUGACCAUCGCAGACCAGAUCACUCUCCUGAAAGCUGCCUGUCUGGACAUUCUGAUCCUGCGCAUCUGUACGAGGUACACCCCUGACCAGGACACAAUGACCUUUUCGGACGGGCUGACCCUCAACCGGACGCAGAUGCACAACGCUGGCUUUGGCCCGCUCACAGACUUGGUGUUCACUUUUGCCAACCAACUGUUGCCCAUCGAGAUGGACGACACGGAGACAGGCCUCCUCAGCGCCAUCUGUCUCAUCUCCGGAGACCGUCAAGACCUGGAGGAGCCCUCCAAGGUGGACCAGCUCCAGGAGCCGCUCCUGGAGGCUCUGAAGAUCUACGUGAGGAAGCGGCGGCCCAGCAAACCGCACAUGUUCCCCAAAACCCUGAUGAAGAUCACAGACCUGCGCAGCAUCAGCGCUAAAGGAGCAGAGCGGGUCAUCUCUCUGAAGAUGGAGAUCCCGGGUUCCAUGCCGCCGCUCAUCCAGGAGAUGCUGGAGAACUCAGAGGGCCAAGAUGGCCAGAGCAGCAGCAGCAGCAGCAGCAGCAGCACUAGCAACAGCACUUCAGCGGAGGCGGGGGCCAGCCCCAGCAGUAAGGGAAGCCCGAACGAGGACGCAGCUGAGUCGCCAGAGUCGGACACCGAGGGGGCUACGGCCACACCGCCCAGCGACGAGCCCUAG